CUAACCGAAAACGGUCAGUCGAUGCCGUUGAGAAUUUUUGAGUGCGUCUCCAGACGAACCGUUUCACGAAGCGGAUCGCCGAAAUUUCGCGUGUAAAGUUUACGGAAAAUCAUUCGCUGACAAUUAAAACGUAAUCGAGUGUACUCGAUGAUAACGAUAAAAUCUACAUCGGUUGGAUAGUAACGUCCGACACCGCAGUACGCUGAUCGAAAAAGAUGGAGAUCCUGGCGAUUCUCGUUGCACAAAUUCUCAUAUUUUCCGCGGUUUCCGGUCACCUGGACGUCCGUUACGAAUGGAAAUACAUCGACUACGUAUGGGAAAACGAUGAGCAAAAGCAGAGCGCCAUCGACGCCGGAGACUAUGAUUACACGCAAAUAUUUACCAUCGAUGUCGAUCGCGCCAGAGAUGGACGCGUAUUCGUAACGACGCCAAAACAGAAUGGCGUCCCCGCCAGCCUCUCGAUCGUAUCGGACGAGAACGGCGACGGUGGUCCCCUUCUAAAACCUUAUCCCGAUUGGAGUUGGCACGUAAAAGGAGACUGCGAUGCUAUUACAAGCGUUUACAGAGUCACGAUCGACAAUUGCAACAGAAUGUGGGUACUGGACACCGGGAAGCACGGGAAUGAUCAGGUCUGCGAACCUCAAUUGGUCGCGUUCGAUCUGGCGAACGAUUUGUUAGUUAAAAGGAUUAAGAUUCCAACAGAAUACGCUCAGAGUUCGACCGAUCCUACGAAAGGUCUUCUGAUAACCCCGGCGGUAGAAACUAAGGGACGACACUGCGAACAGACCUGGAUCUACAUGGCCGACUCGGACGGCAGAGGUCUGGUGAUUUCGAAUGGCGAACACGUUCGCCGUCUAACCGAUAAGAGUUUCGAUCCGGAUGAAAAUCACGUAAAUUUCACCAUAGCAGGGGAGAGUUUUCAGCUGGCUGACGGAUUGUUUAGUUUGGCACUGCAGCCUAAAACACGUCCAGAGUAUUCGACUCGUCUGUAUUACAGACCCCUGGCUUCACUGAAACAGUAUUACGUCUCCACCAGGCAAAUAGAACGCGCUAGUUUUAUGAAAUCAUCGUUACAACCGAAUUACGUGACCUCGGACUACACCUUCCCCCGUCAAGUUUCCGUCCAGGCAUUUUCCUCCAACGGUAUUUUGUUCAUGGGACUCACCGAUCCGCCGGCGAUUAUUUGCUGGAACAGCGACCGACGACUCACCGAUCGUAACGUGGUCACCGUUGCCGAGGACGAAGAAACUCUGCAGUUCACCAGCGGUCUCAAGGUCAGGGGCAGAGAAUUGUGGGCGUUCACGAAUCGUUAUCAAAAAAUUAUCACGGGUAGCCAGAACUUCGGCGAGGUGAACUUCAGGAUCCUCGUAGAAACGGAUAUAAGAAAAUUGGUGAGACACACAGCGUGCGGCGAAGUGGGUCGUCAGGGAGGUUAUUAGCCGAUUUUUUUUUCAUUCGACGAGGUCCGACGCUGAUGUAAUAAAUAAUCUUCUCGUUCGUAAGCUCGGGAGUCGAUCUCAACCAGCGAGAAUACAUGGAAAUCCUUUCUCAUAAAAUCUGUAUAGAUUCCGGGCCAAAAAGGUUCGAAUUUUCCACGGAGAGUGUCACUCCGAAUCGUACGUACGGAUAUAUAUAUAUAUAUAUACCGUGAGUUUAUCCGAGGCUUUUCCGAGGCCACCGCAAACAAUAGAUCACUUUUAUCCCGGAUAGAAGGUGGGGAAACUGGGUCCUAUAAUAAGACGAAGAAAUCAAUAUCUUUCCGCGAGACACUUUGAGGAUAUACUUCUCCGUUUCGCCUAGGGGGUUCGAGCCGUAUAACGUGGAGCUAGUAGAAGGAAAAAGAUAAAAGUAAAAAGUAGAAGAAAAAAAAUAAAAAAAAAAAAAAAAAAAAAAAAAAA